UCACUUCGUUAGCAGAGUUAAGAUGUCGCGUUAUAGAGUUUACCUCGCGUUAGCCAUAGCUACGUUGUUCCUAACCACUGUUGCCAUUGCUCAAGACCUCACUGAACAGUCGGCGGAGAAAACUACUGAGUUACCAACCCAUGAAGACAGUGAGACCAAAGAAUAUUAUCCGAUUUCUUGGACCAAAGUUAACUACAAGCCUGUUAUUGAUAACGAGCGAUUAUUUCGAAAAUAUAAGCAGUGCCUUCUAGUGGACAAGACAACGGGAUGCCCCCGCGACGUUCUUCAAUUAAAAAAAAUUAUACCUGAAGUACUGGAGACAAUGUGUGCCAAAUGCUUACCAGUACAUAUCGAAAGAUUCAAAGAAGCAGUCGAGUACAUUUGCAAGAAACGAAGAGCCGAUUACGAUGAAGUGCGAAAGUCCAAAGAUCCGAACGGUUCACUCCAGACAAAAUUUGAGGACAAGUUCGGCAAAGUCAAUUGUUGAUAUUAAUAUGCCAAUACUAUUGAAUAACUUACUCGUUAUAUAAUUAAUUGUUCUGAAUAAUGCAACAUACUAUGAAAAUUAAAUGAAAGUAUCGCUAAAUAAAAAAUUUGAUCAUAAAAUAAACUAUCAAUUCAUGAAAAUCAAGUUAAAA